GGAUUUGGAACCACCACAUGCUUAAUUAGGAUAAAGCAGAUAUUUGGAACAAUGAUUGCAUUUGAGGUCUGGAGAAGCAUACAACUUGUAAUAAGCUUCCACAGCGCUAGCUAGCUUGUAGUUCAUAUUUCAAGGGGCAACCACGCUAUAAGAAUCGCCCACCAGCUCCCGCUCUGUAUUCUUCUCCUCUUUUCCUAUUGUUGAAACCAGCAAAGCCAGUGUGCUGAUCACACUUGAUGCUCAAAAGAUACAAAGUAUUCCUCCCAUUCUAGGUUCCUUUCUGUGAUUUAGUUUAAUAACAUGGAUACAGUUAAGGGUCUCAUGUCAACAAGGCGAGGCCUCAAACCCGUUCGCACAAAAAGAGAAGAAUAUGGAGAAGGAAUGCAGGCCAACACAGAGGAAGAACAGCCACUAAGUCCGCUGGCGCGCCUAUUUCACGAACCCGGUUGUAAUCUCUAUAUCAUCGCCAUCAUGGGCACAAAGACCAGAAUCGACCCAGACAUCAUUAAGGACAAGCUACAACAUACUCUGCUUAAGCAUCCUCGCUUCUCCAGUCUGCAGGUUGCAGAUGAGAAAAAUGGUAGGAAGAUGAGAUGGGUUCAAACAGAAGUGGACUUGGAACAGCAUGUAAUUAUCCCAGACCUAGACCCAGAGAUGAACUCACCUGACAAGUUUGUCGAAGACUACAUCUCCAGCCUUAGCAAAACCACAAUUGACUCCUCAAAACCUCUAUGGGACCUCCAUCUUCUCAACAUCAAAACUUCUGAUGCUGAAGCCACUGGUGUUUUUCGGAUCCACCACUCUCUUGGGGAUGGCGUUUCUCUUAUGUCUCUUCUGCUUGCGUGCACUCGGAAAAUAUCUGACCCAGAGGCGGUGCCUACCUUGCCUGUGCAGAAGAAGUUGGACUCGAAUAAUUUUAGGGGGUUUUGGUCGAUGCUCCGAUUGUAUUGGAAUACAAUGGUUGAUUUUCUGAUGUUUCUUGCAACAGUUCUCUUCUUAAAAGACACAAAGACGCCUCUCAGCCGUUCAGCAGAAAUCCAAUCCACUUCUCGAAGAUUUGUCCACAGAACAGUUAGCCUGGAUGACGUUAAGUUGGUAAAGAAUGCAAUGGGUGCAACCAUCAAUGAUGUUGUAUUAGGAAUCAUACAGGCUGCUUUAUCUCGUUAUCUCAACAGGAGAUAUGGGGAGGAAAAGAAAGACAAAGGAACAACAGAGAAGCAAAAUAAUCUACCGAAGAACAUCCGUUUUAGAGCACCUCUUUUAAUAAACUUAAGACCAGCUGCAGGAAUCAUUGCUUUGGCUGACAUGAUGGCAACGGGUUCUAAAGUCAAAUGGGGCAAUGGAAUUGGUUAUGUUCUCCUCCCCUUCACCAUAGGAUUACGAGAUGAUCCAUUAGACUACAUUCGCGAAGCUAAGGCCACUGUGGAUCGAAAGAAACAUUCUCUCGAAGCUAUGUGCACAUUUCCCUUUGCUGACUUAAUUAUUAAGUUUCUUGGUGUUAAGGUUGGAAGAGUUCUAACAUACAAUGUUCCUUCUCACACAACAAUGCUCUUCUCAAAUAUGAUUGGACCCCAGGAAGAAAUUGGUUUUCAUGGGCAUCCAAUUAGCUUCAUAGGCCCCACUUGUUAUGGGCAACCUAAUGCAUUGAUGAUUCAUGUGCAAAGUUAUGUCAACAAGAUGACAUUCGUAGUAUCAGUUGAUGAAAGCAUAGUUCCUGAUCCCCAUCAACUGUGUAAUGAUCUAGAAGAAUCUCUCAAACUCAUUAAGGAUGCUGUUCUACCAACAGGGAGUGCAGAUGCCUAAUACAUCAAUGUUAUUUUAAUUAUGUGCACCUAUGAUAAUUUGCAAAUGUUAUGUUGUUCUAUUGGUGUAAUUUCUCUUAGUAUAAAUUAUCAGCCACAUGUUUGUUUGAUUGUUGAUGUAAACGAUAAGUUGUGGAAGCACAACCGGAAUUUCUUUCUCUCCUAAUUAAUAAAAUCAGUUUUUAGAA